GGGGCGCGGGCCGGGGCGCGGCGCAUGCGCGGCGCGGGGCGCGCGGGGACAAUGGCGGCGGCGGCGCUGGCGGCGGGCGGAGGCCCCGGGAGCGGCCCCGCGGCGGCUCCGGCGGGCGGGCCCGGCCCCGCGCUGGCCGCGGCGCGCCGCAAGGACGGCGGCCCCGCCGGCAAGUUCUGGGAGAGCCCCGACACCGUGUCCCAGCUCGACUCGGUCCGCGUGUGGCUGGGGAAGCACUACAAGAAGUACGUUCAGGCAGAUGCUCCUACCAAUAAAACCUUGGCUGGGCUGGUGGUGCAGCUGCUGCAAUUCCAGGAAGAUGCCUUUGGAAAACAUGUCACCAAUCCUGCCUUCACAAAGCUUCCUGCAAAGUGCUUCAUGGAUUUCAAAGCUGGAGGUACAUUAUGUCACAUUCUUGGUGCUGCUUACAAAUAUAAGAAUGAACAGGGCUGGAGGAGGUUUGACCUGCAGAAUCCCUCGCGGAUGGACCGCAACGUGGAGAUGUUCAUGACCAUUGAGAAAACACUGGUGCAGAACAACUGUCUGAGCAGACCAACCAUCUACCUCAUUCCUGACAUGGAGCUGAAGCUGGCCAACAAGCUGAAGGACAUUGUCAAGCGUCACCAGGGAACAGUCACUGAAGAAAAAUCCAAGGCCACCCACCACGUGUAUCCAAGUCCUACCUCAGUGGAUGAUGAUGAGUGGUUGAGACCUGUGAUGAAAAAGGACAAGCAGGUGCUGGUACAUUGGGGCUUUUUUCCAGACAGCUACGACACCUGGGUCCAUGCCAGCGAGAUCGAGGCGGAAAUCGAGGAUGCUCCCAUCCCUGAGAAACCCUGGAAGGUUCAUGCCAAGUGGAUUCUGGACACGGAUGUGUUCAAUGAGUGGAUGAAUGAGGAGGAUUAUGAGGUGGAUGAGAACAGGAAAUCCGUCAGCUUCCGCCAGAGGAUCUCCAUGAAGAAUGAGGAGCCCGUGAGGAGCCCCGAGAGGAGGGACAGGAAAGCAGCAGCCAGCACAAGGAAGAGGAAACACUCCCCUUCUCCACCCCCCACUCCUGUGGAGUCCAGGAAAAAGACAGGGAAGAAAGGGCAAGCAGCUCUCUAUGGCAAGAGGAGGGGGCAGAAGGAGGAGGAUGAGCAGGAGGAUCUCACCAAGGACAUGGAGGAUCCCACCCCAGUGCCCAACAUAGAGGAAGUGGUACUUCCCAAAAAUGUGAACCCAAAGAAGGACAGUGAGAACACGCCCGUCAAAGGAGGAACCGUGGCAGACCUGGAUGAGCAGGAUGAGGAGACAGUGGCGACUGGAGGAAAGGAGGACGAGGACCCCAACAAGGGUGACCAGAGCCGCUCCCUGGACACAGGAGAGGACAAUGUCACCGAGCAGACCAACCACAUCAUCAUCCCCAGCUACGCCUCCUGGUUCGACUACAACUGCAUCCACGUCAUUGAGCGUCGAGCGCUUCCAGAAUUCUUCAAUGGGAAAAACAAGUCCAAGACUCCAGAAAUAUACCUGGCCUACAGGAACUUCAUGAUCGACACGUACCGGCUGAACCCGCAGGAGUACCUGACCAGCACUGCCUGCAGGAGGAACCUCACCGGGGACGUCUGUGCUGUCAUGAGGGUCCACGCCUUCCUGGAGCAGUGGGGGCUCAUCAACUACCAGGUGGACCCCGAGAGCCGCCCCAUGGCCAUGGGGCCCCCCCCGACCCCCCACUUCAACGUGCUGGCCGACACCCCCUCGGGGCUGAUGCCGCUGCACAUCCGCACCCCGCAGGUUCCAGCUGCCCAGCAGAUGCUGAGCUUCCCUGAGAAAAACAAGGAGAAGCCAACUGACCUGCAGAACUUUGGCCUUCGCACUGACAUCUACUCCAAAAAGACUCUGGCCAAGAGCAAAGGUGCAAGUGCUGGCAGAGAAUGGACAGAGCAGGAGACACUGCUGCUGUUGGAGGCCCUGGAGAUGUACAAGGACGACUGGAACAAGGUGUCGGAGCACGUGGGCAGCCGCACGCAGGACGAGUGCAUCCUGCACUUCCUGCGCCUGCCCAUCGAGGAUCCCUACCUGGAGAACUCGGACGCCUCCCUGGGCCCCCUGGCCUACCAGCCCGUGCCCUUCAGCCAGUCUGGGAACCCCGUCAUGAGCACCGUGGCCUUCCUGGCCUCCGUGGUGGAUCCGCGCGUGGCCUCGGCCGCUGCCAAGGCUGCCCUCGAGGAGUUCUCCCGGGUCAGAGAGGAGGUGCCCCUGGAGCUGGUGGAGGCCCACGUGAAGAAGGUGCAGGAAGCAGCUCGAGCCUCUGGGAAGGUGGAUCCCACCUACGGGCUGGAGAGCAGCUGCAUUGCAGGCACGGGCCCCGAGGAGCCUGAGAAGAUGGAUGGAGCUGAGGAGGAGAAGAUGGAAACAGAGGCAGAGGGGCAGCCAGCAGAGAAGGUGGAGAGCAAAGCCGAGAGCGAGCCUGAGGAAGGGGAGAAGGUUCCGGAAGGGGAGAGCGAGCGCAGCGUGGACAAGGAGCCCGAGAGUGAGGGGCCUGCCGAGCCCAAGACAGAGGAAAAGGAGGCAGAGGAGAACAAGGAGAACGUUGAUGGCAGCAAGGACAAAGAGGCUGAGGCUGGCAAGAAGAAAGUGGAGCACGAGAUCUCGGAAGGAAACGUGGCCACAGCUGCAGCUGCUGCCCUGGCCUCUGCUGCCACCAAAGCCAAGCACCUGGCAGCUGUGGAGGAGAGGAAGAUCAAGUCCCUGGUGGCCCUGCUGGUGGAGACUCAGAUGAAGAAGCUGGAGAUAAAGCUUCGCCACUUUGAGGAGCUGGAAACCAUCAUGGACCGGGAGAAGGAGGCACUGGAGCAGCAGAGGCAGCAGCUGCUCACUGAGAGGCAGAACUUCCACAUGGAGCAGCUCAAGUACGCCGAGCUGAGGGCCCGCCAGCAAAUGGAGCAGCAGCACAGCCAGAACCCCCAGCAGCCCCACCAGCAGCACCCCAGCGGGCCUGGCAUCACCCCCCUGGGGGCACCAGCACACCCGGGGCUGCUGCCCCACCAGCAGCCCCCGCCCUACCCCAUGAUGCACCACCAGAUGCCACCUCCUCACCCACCUCAGCCAGGCCAGCUGCCCGGCUCCCUGCUGCCGGGCCAGCCCCUGCCGGGCCGCAUGAUCCCUGCCGGCAUCCACGGCGGCGGCGGGGCCGCCCCGCCCGGCAUGGCCCCGAUGGCCGGGAACCUGCUGGGGCCCCGAGUGCCGCUGGCCGCCCCCAACGGAAUGUACCCCGGCCCGGCACCGCCCCCCGCCGAAGGAGUGACGCCGCCCCCGGCCGGGGCCCCGCCGGCCUCAGCCGCCCCCUAAGGCAGCCCCAGGAGGAGAAGGAGCUUCCCGAGCAGCGGAGUGGUGACCAAAAGAGAAUUCCUCAGUUCCCUUCUGUCCCCGGGGCGGCGUCCCCUCCCCUCCCAGCCGCGGGCACAGCUGGCACGGUUGGUGGCACGGUUGGUGUCCCCUGCAGCCCCCAGGGAAAGCUGCAGGUAGGGGUGCCAGGAGCGCCUCCACCUUGCUGCUGGCCUUGCAGAGCUCCACGCUGGUUUCCUUCCUCUUGGUGCUUUGGGCUCCUCCUUUGGGGCAGAACAAUCUGGGUUUUAGGGCAGGAGCUGAGCUUUAGGACGUGCCCAGAACAAUCCAGGUUUUAGGGCAGGAGCUGAGCUUUGGGACGUGCCCACCCCGGGGGAUUGGGUGUUCUGGGGUCUCUGGGCAGAGCAAAGCACCCAGAGGAGAGGCCAAGCCAGAGCUUGGGGCAGAGCAGGGGAGGCACAGCCCAGCAGCCAAGCCUGCAGGGAUUCCUGGUGGCUGCAGCCUCUAACUUAUUACAGGAAAUAUUGAUCCGUGGCAGUGAAACCAGGAGCGAAUCAAUCAGAAUAAAACCACUCAAUGGUAGGAGUUCUCUUGCUCCAGUUUGUACCUUCCCUUUGCCUUUGGAGGUGGUAGUUGGACCUUCCCUGAGUAGUUUGGUGCAGUAGCCAACUGAGGAAUAACCCCCCGUUUUUAGUCCCUCUUUUUGGAGCAUAUACUUUGUACUUUUUAAAAUGAAGAAAACAAACAAAACAAAAAAAAAAUUAAAGUAGGUAGCGAAGAAGUGCUAGAAUUUGGGAUUGGGUUGGGAUGGCUGGGAUGGAAAUGGCAGAACUACCUCUGGACGGCCAGGGCAGCAGCUGGGACAGCUCCUGUCACCCCAGGGCAGCUGCAGGGUGGGAGGGGAGCAGCUGCAGCACAUCUGGCACAUCUGGGAGCCCUCCAGAGCUGCUGCUGCUCCUCCAGGCUGCCACAGCUUGGGGAAAAGUCCUGCAAAAAGUCCUUUUCUGCCCGUGGUUCGGGUUCUCUGCCCUCUCCCGGCCCAGGAGCGUUUGGGGUUUCCCUGCUGAGGGUCUGGACGCUGCUCCUUGACCUCAGGGGUGGCUUUUGUCCAGGUUGGGCUGGACAGAGGCUCCCAAAGCCUCUGGAACCUCCAGAGCUGCUUCCAGCAUUUAAAACUUCAGGCUUUGCCAGGUCUUCCAGCACAGGGGCCUUCCCAUUCCCCUUCCCAAGGCUUCCUUCCCCUCCAGGCUCUUUGGGGUGAGCGUGGGAUUUCUGGUGCAGCCCUUAGUCCAGUUUAGAGUAACCUCAGGUUGUUUUUAGCGUGAGCAGUUCCCAGGAUCCAGGUGGAGACUAUUUUUUACUGUCCUAGUGCUGAUCCUGCCGAGGACCUGGGUCCUGGACUCUGUUUUGUUUCUGUAUAAAUAAUCCCUGUGCCCACUUUUUCACCUGAUCUCUGUAUAGGGCCGGUUUGAUUCCUGCAGCAGCCACCCAAUUUUGUGAAAUAAAAGCAAAAAAAAGCGGUUUUUGUACAAAG